GCCGCCCUGCGAAAUGGCGGCGCCCCGGGGGUGGCGGCUGUUCUGGCCCGGCCGGCGCUGGCUUUCGCAGGCGGAGUCCGCCGCGGCUCCGGUGCCUCCGGACUCGCUCUAUCCGCCCAUCGUGGCCUCGGCUACGGCGAAGAGCAAAGCGGCCAAGCGGCGGCGCCUGGAGCAUUUCCACCAGCGGGUGCAUCAGGCGCCCUCGAUCGAGGAGAAGCUGCGGCUCUACGGGCUGCUGCAGCGGCCCAAGUACAUGGUUUACCCGCAGACCUUCGCCAUCAACGCCGACCGCUGGUACCAGAGCUUCACCAAGACCGUCUUCGUGCCGGGGCUGCCGCUAAGGGCCGCGCCGGAGCCAGGGCCGGCGCUGGAGGCCGCGGCGGGAGCGGCCGCGAGAGCUCCGGGGGCGGCGGCGCCAGAGGCCGCGGCGGGAGCGGCCCCGGCCCUGGAUCUGGGCGAGCUGCGCUCCCUCGUCUGCGACGCGCUCUUGCAAGAGAGCUUCUACCAGAACAAGAAGCGGCCGUUCCUCUACCGCUAUCAGGAGCACACGCCGGGCCCCUUCCUCACGCAGCUGGUCUGCUCACUUACGGCCUUCCUCUGCAGUCGCAACCCACUGCUGGCUGCCUCCUCCCUUGACUUAAAGCCUGAGGUUAACUAUUACUGGCAUCAUGGUGAGGAAGUUGUUGUCCAUGGAUAUCGUAAAGGUAGAGUCGAUCCUGUGCGAUUUCAGAUAGAUGAUCACCCGCACCUCCAGAUCCGUGUACCAAAGCAACUUCCAGAGGUUGUACCGCUAGAGUCAGAUCUUGGAGAUGUUCCUGUUAUUGAGCACAAACCAUCCAAACUGCCAUUGUUCAAAAAGCAAUAUGAAAACAAGGUAUUUAUAGGAUCAAAGGUGGCAGAUCCAUGCUGUUAUGGGCACACCCAGUUUCAUCUUAUUCCUGAUAAGCUAAAAAGGCAGAGGUUCUUAAAAGCGAAUCUUGAAGAUCAGAUUGAAGUUACUUAUAGAGCUAAUGGUAUUACAAGUCUCUUUGCCUGGACAGCGGCACAAGCAAUGUAUCAAGGAUUCUGGAAUGAAGCAGAUGUGACCCGUCCUUUUGUAUCACAGGCAGUAGUGACUGAUGGAAAAUACUUCGCUUUCUUUUGUUACCAGCUAAAUACUUUAGCAUUAACUGUAGAAACUAUUCGAAAUAACCCUCGGAAGAAUAUUUGUUGGGGAACAGAAAGUAAGCCAUUAUACGAUGUUGUGGAAGAUGGUGAUGUGAAAGGUUUUAAUGAUGAGAUUCUGCUUCAGUUGGUUCAAUUUCUAUUAAACAGACCAGAAGAGUUGUAAAUCAUAAAACAAUAAGAUAUUCCUGUUGAUGUGCCUGAACUUCAUCGUAACUCCAUGAAGUAUGGCUUAGAAUGCGCCUUGUUCUUAGUCAACUAUUUAUUGAGUGAACACUAUAUUCAUAUUUUAUAAAUCUUUGGGCCUUAUUUCUUAACAUUUAAAUAUAUGAUACUGUGCAUUGAAAAUAAAUGUCUAGAGCACCUUAA